CGUUACACUAAGUAAAGAGAGAGAAUGUAUAUGUGUUGAUCUGAAUACAAUACCACACGCAUACACCAUAUUGUACAGAGAGAGAGAGAGAGAUGGGACCAUUGUCCUGCGCUUAAAAUUUAAGCUUUUUCGUGGACGACAGGAUCCGACUCUGCCGCAUAAUUCCUCUCUCUCUCUCUCUCUCUCUCUCUCUCUCUCUCUCUCUCUCUCUCUCUCUCUCUCUCUCUCUCUCUCUCUCUCUCUCUCUCUCUCUCUCAACUUCAUCAUCUUAUAAUUAACUUUUUUUUCCGUCAAAAAACGAAAUAAUAAACCUCUUCAAUAUUCCUUCUUCUCCCAAUGGAAAUGGAGGAUCAUCAUCAUCAACACCAACAGUAUGGCGGCAUCACUGAUCUGAGGCAGCUUGUGAGUAACAACGGACCCCGUUCAACACAUUUUCCUACUUCCAUACCGCCACAGCCCACGGCGGAGCUCUUCCCGGGCCACCCAAACCUCGCGGCUGCGCAUCAGCAGCAGCACUACGAGCUGAUGAUGUUUGGGCGCCAAGUAGCUGACUUAAUGCCUCGCUGUCUCCACGACUUUGCUGACGCCAGCAAUAAUAACACAAGCAGCAUAGGUGUUGCCACUGUCACUACUCCCACCACAACCACAAGCGCUUCAACUCCUCCUCUUAGUGGGUUGGGCGGCGCUGAGGCUGCAGGAUGCUUAGGUGGAGACGCAUCCACUGGAAGAUGGCCUAGACAAGAGACUCUUACUCUUCUUGAGAUCAGAUCUCGCCUUGACCCCAAAUUCAAAGAAGCUAAUCAGAAAGGUCCCCUCUGGGAUGAAGUUUCUAGGAUCAUGUCUGAAGAGCAUGGAUACCAAAGGAGUGGGAAAAAGUGCAGGGAGAAGUUUGAGAAUCUGUACAAGUAUUACAAGAAGACAAAGGAAGGAAAAGCUGGAAGACAAGACGGGAAGCAUUACCGAUUCUUUCGCCAACUCGAAGCCUUAUACGGUGAAAACAACAGUAACAACAGCAACGCUGCCUCAGCACAAGAAACCAAUUUUGGUGGUAGCAACACCUUCCAUUACCAAAACAAUCCUCAUGCUUUCAAUUCCCAACAUCAGAUGAAUAACCAAGAAAUGCUGCUUCUUGGUUCCCAGAACAGCCUAAGCCUCACCAACUCCACUGAGUUUGAAACCUCUUCUUCGGAUGAUGAUGAUCACAAUAGCACUGGGGGACUGAAAGGGAACGAUGAGUCCAUGGAGAAGAGGAGGAAGAAGAGAGGAGGGAGCAAGAGCUGGAAGGUGAAGAUAAAAGACUUCAUUGACUUGCAAAUGAGGAAGCUUGUGCAGAAGCAAGAAGAGUGGCUUGACAAGCUUAUGAAGACGCUGGAACAGAAGGAGAAAGAGAGGGUUCUGAGAGAGGAAGAGUGGAGGAGACAAGAGGCAGCCAGGUUGGAGAGGGAGCACAAGUUUUGGGCCAAAGAGAGAGCAUGGAUUGAAGCAAGGGAUGCUGCUUUAAUGGAGGCCUUGCACAAGCUGACAGGAACUGAUCAGGUAAAGUCUCAUCAUCGUCAUCAUGAUGGGAUAAUAACUGGUUCCGCAAUGCAAAAUAAGGACCAUAACGAAGAUGAUGAAAACUGGCAAGAAUGUGAGAUAUCAAGGCUUGUACAGUUGAGAGCUGAGAUGAUGGAAACAAGGUUUAGGCAUGGUGGUGAUGGUUGUUCAGAAGACGCUUUCUGGGAACAGAUAGCAACAAAAAUGGCAUGUUUUGGGUAUGAAAGGAGUCCAGUAAAGUUGAGAGAGAAAUGGGAAACAAUCAGCAAAGAAAACAACAAGAAGAAGCGGAAGGAGAAUAACUCAAACUCAGUACGAAGUAGUAGUUCUUGUUUUUACAUUGAAAACAAUAACAAUGACCAUUAUUCUUCUUCUUCUUCUCUAUAUAACAACAACAACAACAACCAAAGUGGUGGUGGAUAUUGUGAUAUCAACAAUGAUCAAAGGCGGCAACAACAAUCACCUUCGAAUUCCAACGCUAAUGCAUCAGUUCAUCAAGCUGAGAACUGUUUCCCAUUCUUGAUGAGUUGUGAGGGAGGAACUUUGUGGGACAACUACAGCUUAAAGGUUAAUAAACCAAAUCAAAAUCAGUAGGUUAAUCAACUCCCUCGUAAGAGGCACCGAUUAAGAUUUCACAGACUUCUUCUUAUUUCCUUUUUUUUUUUAAAUCUGAGAUGGUUUAAUUUCAUUCCAUCGCAUUAUGUAAGCAAAGAACUAACUCCUGAGGGUUUUUGUGUAUAGGGACUAAUGAAUGAUGAUUAGGAUGGUCAAUCUUAAUUAUUAAUGUAUUUAUUAAUUAUUAGGAGGAAAAAUAAUAUUUUCAAGCUUACACAAGUUUAAUAUGGGAGACAUAUUGGCAAAAUCUCACUGAUGAAGACUUAGGACGAUGUGCCACAAAUUCUUCAGGUAAGUCUCUCUCUCGUGCCAGAUUUUCUUCUGUGCCUGCAAAUAAUGUCUUGCAUCUUCAAACUGAUCACUGUUUUUGGCACUCCUCAUCCCAUCUCUUGGCUUUUUAUUAUUAUUAUUAUGGUGUAACUUCGGAAUAUUUAACAGUGGUGGUAGAUUUUGGUGUGUGUACCGAAGGGGUGUAUUUAAGGUAGCAAUAUCUUGAACUUUGGUUCUUUGUUCAAUAUUUUUAUGAACGAGAAUAUAGAUUGAUGUUAGUGGAUAUAUUAUUUAAGCAUUGGGCCUGGUUA